GUCGUUGAAAAGUUAUGGCCUGGAGGAACAAGAUUGAUACCGUAACGAGCGACAUGCCACCUAUCCAUCCAUUCGAUGUGCACAGGCAUACACUCUCGAUCUCGAAUGAUAAUUCAUAUGUUCCGGGCGAGGCUCCAGAUGAUGCGCCGAUCCUCAACCCUAACGUCUGGGUGAGAUGGUACCUGCUCCGUGGCAAGCAGCGCAACGAUGAUAGGAAAGAGUCGGUGGAACGAACGCCACUCUGGCGCACCAUAAACCACGACCGAUAUGACGAGCCCAAUGACUGGGCGGACUUCAUGCGCGGCAAGAGGGACAAGAAGACCCAGCACCAUCGCGCCAGCCGCGAUGAACCAACAAACGUCAUAUAUGACAAUACGACAUCAGUCAGCCCAUCGGGGUUGACGACGACGAUGCCAGACCUUUCCCACUCUCCACCUCUGCCCCACCACCGGCACCAGGCAGAUCCAAUCUCUCCGACAUUGGAGGAUCCCUCUCCAUCGAUCAUGAGCAAGAUUCAUUACAUCGGUCUUUCCAUCGGUAGCGGGCGCACUAGGGUAAGAAUUACUGAGGUCGUUCUCGCCAUGUCACGGCCUUCCUUGCUCCCGACGUUCACGAAUAAUCCCAUCCCGCUCAAUACUAAUACGUUUGAGGCCUAUUGUGUCUCCCUUACAGACCACGACGACAUUGAAGAGCCUAUCUGUCUCCUGGACGAUGAUAAUGUUACCGUUAAUCCCCCCAAAAAACCCGGUCUCGAGACAACUCUUUUGGGAGACAGUGGAUGUUUUCUCACUGGAAAGCUCAGUAUAGAUUCGACGACAACGGACAAUCACAAUGACAAUUGCCGAGGGUAUCGUAAUACCACCAUGAAGGAACCAAGAUCGGAUUUCGUAUCUCGUCGAUCUCGAUAUAGCGAAGGUCGAGCAAUGAAGAAUAGAUCAACUGUGACGCGACUUCCCGGUCUCCCAACGUUUGACAACAGAAUCCAAGACGCGCGACCAGGCCUCAGUUACAGCGUCCAAGUGCCUCCAUCAUCUUCAUCAACCGUACACGCGUACUCUAAUGCACCCUGGGGCUCUGACGAGGUCACCGUUGAUGAUGCAUCGUUCCGCUCCGUAUAUGCGCUUUCAAGUACAACGCAGAUGCAUUAUGUAUGUGCCCUGGGUUUGCCCUCGGACGAGCGAGCGUCCAAGUAUUCCUCAAAGAAAACAAGCCGGACAGAGGCGUUCAAAGACGCAUACGUGUGCUUCACCUACUUUGGACGUGCCGGAUCUCCUGAUACCAUCAAUUCUGGCUCUGCUUUUGCAGCGUUCAUCCAGAAAUAUCACCGCUCAGGGGUCUUUAUCUCAAUCAAGGACAAGCUGAAUGCCGAGAGGGAGAAUCAUACUAUCAACGCAGAAACACUUAGAGUUUGGGUCAACAAGGACGGGGAUGUUGAUAGCUAUCGACGACACCGAUGGAUCGAGAACCACCGACUGAAAACAACGGACACGUCCUCGAGAGUUGAUAUACCCACUUCCCGUACUAAGAGUCGGCCCGAGAGGAAGGCCAAAAAAGCUAGCGAGGCACACCCCCGGUAUACGAUCAUAAUAUCUGGUUGUUCACCCUCGGUCUACAAAGUAAUCAAGGAGGACGAAAAGUUCAAAUACACUGGGAUGCUAGCUUCCAGGGGGAUAAUCUACGAGCAUCCAUAUCGUCAACCCGCAUCUCUUCGUCUUCUCAGAAAUAUGAAGCCGUUUUGGAGCCUUGGUCCAGAGUAA